AUGACGACAACAAAUGCACUGACCCACGACGGUGCGUGCGCAUCUCAUGGUAAUCGGGAUGUGCAUAACGCUCUGGUAGAACUGCUUUACUAAGAUAUUGUUUUAAUGUUUACAGCAAUUCCGCUCAGGUUACAUGGACCAUCAAGUGCAAAUAAUACUGGUCGUGUGGAAGUAUUCUAUAGAGAACAAUGGGGAACAAUCUGUGACGAUAGUUGGGAUAUGAAUGAUGCUAAAGUUGUAUGUCAUCAACUUGGAUAUAAAGAUGGUGUUAGAGCUCUUCCAGAAGGUCAGGUUCCUAGUGGUUCUGGAACGAUUUGGUUAAAUAGUGUCAACUGUACUGGAAGAGAGCAAAAUUUGACCAGUUGUUCUCAUAAGGGUUGGGGAAAUCAUAAUUGCAGCCAUCUUCGAAACGCUGGAGUCGAAUGUUCUUCAUCAGGUAAAGUUAUUAAAGGAAUUUCUUGAUGCUUGUAUUAUAUAUUAUAAUAUAAGUGGGAUAUAACAGACAAUUUGAUUGGCUAAUUAGCGUGCAUUGUGAUGCAAUAAUGCUCUGUGGUCCGUGACACUGCCUUGCUCUUUCUGUGUUUUUCCAUGGUUUUUAGACAAAAGUAUAGACAAAACUAUACCAGAGGAACAAAGUAAUUUUAUCUAUAGUUCUACGUGUAAAAACUGUAAAAUAAACCGGCUUAGCAUUCGUCGAAUUUGUUUUUGUCUCGACAAGUUUUGGACAAAAGCGUGAAAGUAGCCGAGAAAAAAUACUAAAAGCAAUACCAAAAACAUAGAAAAUGGCAACAAAAGCUGAACAGAAGUGAAUUAGGAUGUACCUUCGAUGGUUCUAAUAAAAACUGCUAGAUAUAUUUUCGACAAAUGGCAAAAAAUACAAUAUUUCAAAAAUUAAAACUGAAACCUACGAUUUAACGUCUUUCAUGGCAAAUCCGACAACCCAGAUGCUGAUUCCGACCGUGGCCAGGCAUAUUUUUCAAGCCUUCCCGGUGAGGAUAUUGUUUUGUCUUCAAAAUCGUUAUUUAUUUCAACGUCCCAAAAUCUAAAAACUACACACAUGUGCUCACUUCCAAUCGUCCCUGACCCCCCUGAUGCGACGUUCUAUGCUUCAUGUAACACCAACAUAACAUCUCCCUCUUUCACUCACAACAAAUAGAUCUAAGUGAACGGGGUAAUGUGAACUAAAACCUGUAGUCCAUGCUACGAUUGAUAACACAACUAAGUAUACAACUAAGUAUAUUUACCGUCCAUAAAAAUCUGGCGGUACGUCUCUGUUUGCUCAUAAAGGAUACCUAUCUUCAAUUAUGUCUUGAACAUUGUCCUGUCCUGCUUGUGGGGCCGCAAUGGUAAUAUCGUCUUCUGACUCAGGCUUCGGAACAGUUUCUCUAUACGCUCCACAAAAUUUCUCAAAAUGCGAAAUGUUUCUUGUAAUCAUAUGAUCUCCCCUUUGCGCUGUUACUCUGGAAUAUCGCACAUUGAUAACUUUGUAUGGUUGAGGACGAAACAUGGUUGUAUACUUAUUCUUCUUUUUUUGUUUCACCAACACUGCAUCUCCUUCCUUUAUCGUUGACUUUCUUGUAUGUCUUCUGGCAUCUACAUAUUGUUUUGACUUAGCCUUUCCUUUCAAAACCCUUUCUGCAGCUGUAUUGGCAGGUGCCUGAGUGAAAGACGGAACGGUAGAUCGAAUUACUCUUUUGUAAAGCAUCUCGGCUGGCGCCACACCUGUAGAUAGGUGGGGCGUAGUACGAUAAUUCAUCAAAAAUGCGAAUAGUUCUCUUUGCCAAUCUCAACCCUCUGCCCAAGGCGCUCGAAUAGCUUUACCCAUAGGUUUCAUGAAGCCUUCCACUUCUCCAUUGGCCUGGGGCAAUAAAGGUGUAACACGGUGAUGGUAGAUGCCUUGUGUUGUCAGAUAGUCUUUAACUUCCUUGGACUGGAACGGCGACCAUUAUCGCUCUUAAUUGUGUCUGGCAGUCUGUGUCGGGCAAAAGCUUUUUCAAACGCUCGUAUUGUAUGAAAAGCUGUGGUUUUAUUCAUAAUCUCAACUUCUGGGAAUCCUGUUGUUUCAUCUAACAGCCCCAAUAGAUGCUCUCCUGUAGGUGCUGGUCCAUAGAAAUCAACAUGAACACAUGACCAUGGUGCCUUUGGAGGUGGGACAACUGCUAGAGGCGGAGGGGGUUCAGGAUUACCAGAUAUUUGGCACGUCAAACACUCCUUUACACGUUGCUCUGCUUCUUUAUCUAAUCCAGGUCACCAUACCUUGGUUCUAAAAUUUUGUUUGGUCUUGACAAUUCCCAAAUGUCCCCUGUGUGCCAGGACUAGAGUUCUAUUUCGAAGUGAUAUAGGUAUAAUCGGUCGGUGUUUUCUCAACAGUACACCCCUUACUGAUGUUAUUUCAUAUCUGCCGGUUUCCCUGUGCCUGGACGAUACUUGACCGUGUAGUUAUACUGCUGGAGGCGCAAUGCCCAUCUCUGUAUUCGAGCAGAUUGUUUGGCCUUUGCUGAGUAAAGGAUUUCUAACGCUUGAUGAUCUGUAUACAGAGUAAACUGACAACCAACUAAAUAUAAAUGAAAUUUCUCGCAUGCCCACACACAUGCCAACGCUUCUCUUUAUGUCUAACAGUACCGCUGUUCAACUACUGUUAGUGCUCUACUAGCAAAAGCCAUCACUUUCAAAAUGCCCUGUUCGUCAUGUUGAACCAAAAUAGCCCCUAGGCCUACAGGACUAGCUAGAAUCCACAACCACACUCGUUGAUCUGUUAGGGUCAUAAUAUGCCAACGUACGCUAUUCAGAUAGCGAAAAUUUAACCUGAUCAAAGGCCUCUUGAUGACUGGCGUCCCAUGUCCAUGGAACCAUUUUGAGGUCCAAUUUCCGUACGUAGCGGCGCCGUAAUGGUGGAGAAAUUAAUAAAACUUCGAACAGUAAUUCACGAGUCCUAGAAAGCUACGAAGUUCUUUUGCAUUGUUUGGGGUAGGUGUAUUUUUUAUUGCAACAACUUUCUCUUGGCCAGGCCUAAUUCCAUUCUUACUAAGAAUUAUGCCAUAAAACCAUAAACUGUCCACAUUGAAAAGGCACUUGCUUUUCUUUGCAGUCAAUCCUGUGUCUCUUAGUCUCUGCAAUAGAGCUUGAAGAUUGUCAUCAUGUUCUUUUUGAGUUCGUCCCCAAACAAUGAUGUCAUCAACAAUGUUUUUAACUCCAUUCAAUGACUGCAAUGCAUGCUGGAUAGCAUCUUGAAACACUUCGCUUGCCGAGUUGAUUCCGAAAGGGAGUCUUUUCCACUGGAAAAGACCUUUAUGAGUGGUAAAAGUUGUUAUACCACGCGAUUCUUCGUUAAGCACAAUUUGAUGGUAUCCGCUUCUUAAAUCCAAGCGAGAAAAAUGAACUGCAUUGCUCAUAUCAUCUGUUAGUUCCUCAAUUGUAUAGGGUGGUAUUCCCUCUUAAUGGCUUCGUUAACUCUGCGAUAGUCCCAACAUACGCGUAUUUCGUCCGCAUUUUUUGGCUUAGGCACGAUCACUACUCCACUGACCUACUUUGUACUUUUAUUAACGACAGGUUCAAUCAAAUCAUUAUCCUGCGAUUCUUGAAGCCACUUCUCUAACUGAGGUAUUCUACGGUAUGUUUGGGCCACGGAUGGCACGCUAUCGUCAAUGUGCAGUUUUUGUUCAAACCCUUUAAGAUGUCCUACACCUUCAAAUACAUCUGCGUACUCUACUAAAAGAGUCGAGACUCGCCCUGUGUCUGGCGUACUUGUGCAUACUUUUGUCAUUUUUUCACCAUUACGUACUACUUGUCGAGUUACUGGUUGUAGUAGGUAUCUGAACUUGGGUUGUGGUUUGUCGCGAGGCUUUUCUAUCCAAAUCACCCUCUUGUACUGCUUGCUGAGAAACUGAAUUUAGAUCAAACUUAAUAAGUCUAAAUUGCUGUGCUGUUGUAUUACUUAGCAAUUUACCAGUUGAGAUGAUGUAAUGUAAAUUGUAGCCCCUGUCAUACAAUGUUUUGAUUCUACUAGUGUCUCCACUUUGCCUAAUAGGAGAAUAUGGUUAUUUUCUCCAAAAGCAUGAAUCUUUGUGUUGGUUUUUUAAGGAUAUUGGUUCUUUGCUUUGUUUGCUUAAAUAUUCGAAAUCCUCGGACCCAAAACGUUAACAGACGCACCACUAUCCACCAUCAUUUUCAUUGGGACUCCAUUAACACGGACCGUAGAAUAGGGAUGCUUACUUUGUUGAGCUUGUUGAACUGUGAACAUGUGUUCUGAACCGCUGUCUGAGUCACUACUCAAAUUACUUGUUGAUUUGUGGGUUGAUGAAUGCCGUUCAUCAACCUUACUAACACGCUGGAAUGAACUAGUAGCUCCACCGGUUGUUUUACAUACCCGAACAAAAAUGCCCCCUUUUAUGACACUUGUAACAUUCUUUGUCUACAGCUGGACAUCCCUGGUUAUCCUUGUGUGGAAACCCCAGUCAACAUUUAAAACAUCUCUUACUAGAUGAUGACGAGUACUUACUGGUUGUUCUAGGUCUUCAGUGAUCCUAUUGUAAUUGAUUAGUAUAUUCCCCAUUACCAUCAGAAAUGUCCUUUUUUAUAAUUUCCUUUGUUUGUUGGUCUGUACGAGCGAAUGCUCUUCCAUAAUCUAAUAUUUGUGAUAGGCUAAAGGUUUUUUCCAUCAAAAUCUUUCGUUGCAAUCUGUUAGAUAAACAUUCUUCAAUUAUUUGUAGUUUCAGUUCAGUAUCUGUGUUUGUAAAUUCACAUGUUUUGGCCAAAGUACAUAAUCUAGUAUAAUAUGCAUCUAAGGGACAGGUCAUAAUUUAUCAGGGGGGUCGGGGGUGGGGAGGUGUAAUUCAAAAUUUUAAGGAAUGAUAUUUUGCUGCCGCUGCCUAGCCUCCUGCGCAGACGUUGUUAGUGGCCCGAGGCCUCACCUAACGUCUGCUCACAUUCGCUAUACAUUUGACUUCCCGGCAAUUAACCAAUCACAAUCAUCUACACGAUAAUUGGAAGAUCGGCCUUCAAUGACCUUCACACGCAUGGGCUAUAUCAACAAGUCUGUAGUAUUUUUAAAUUUGAAAGUUUUAACACUGCGCAUUAGAAAAAGGCUUUUCAGUCUAUUAUAAACGAAAAGGAUGUUUUCGUAAAUCUCACAACUGACGCAGGAAAUCACUUAUUUAUCACGCCGUUACCGAAGCUAUUCGAUGUAAUAUUCGGAUUUAAAUAUUUAAACAAAUUGUAACCAUUGUAAACAUUUAGUAAUCGUGAUUUCGUCAUUGAUAAAUUCAAUACGAUCGUGAUCAAGUAAAAAAAUUACACGAUCUAGGAGUCGGUGCUGUGUCAUUAUGAAGUUUAAUCGAGAGCGAUAAAGAAGCGAAGACAUUGGAAGAUGGGAAAUAUUCUGACUGUAUUAUAUGGCACAGCAGAGUCAUUGCUGAAGACAAAGACAAAGUGUAUGGCAGGACGGUUUGUGCUUUGGCUAUUGAUGCAUGAAGCUCAUUUCAGUAUGUAUUAUAAUAAAUCCUAAACAUGUGUUUGCAUUUGCAAUUCUCAAAGCCACAGCAAUCGAUCGGCUUUGACCAUUUUAAUAGUCGUUAUUUUAUAUUGUCUUGAUUUAUACGUUGCCUCGUAUUAUCUAUUGCACGUAGCACCAGCAAGUUUAUGAGCCAUUGUAGUUAAUAUGCAUGCCCCAACCCUCUGAUGUAAACCCUUCAUAAUUGCCCUCAUAUAAACUUGCAUGCUAGUACUACAAGCAAAUAGAUAAUACGAGGCAAUGUAUAAAAAGACAAAUUCAAUUUAAAUAAACAAUAUAAAAUAUUAAUGAAUAAUGACUAUUAAAAUGGCCAAGCCCGAUCGAUUCCUGUGUCUUUGGGAAUUACAAAAGCGAACACAUUUUUAGGAUUUAUUAUAAUACAUAAAAUUCUUUAAUCGCAUGAGCUUUAUGCAUCAACAGCCAAAGCACAAACCAUUUUGCUAUACGUACAAUUUGUUGAAGCAUUCGUUUCCAUCGUUCGGUCUUCAACAAUGACUCUGCAUAUAAUACAGUCAGAAUAUUUCCAUUCUUCCAAUGCCUUCGCUUCUUUAUCGCUCUCGAUUCAACUUAAUAAUGACACAGCACUGACUCCUAGAUCGUGUAGUUUUUUGACUUGAUCUCGUAUUGAAUUUAUCAACCGAAACCACGAUUACUAAAUGUUUACAAUGUUUACAAUUUGUUUAAAUAUUUAAAUCCGAAUAUUACAUCGAAUAGCUUCGGUAACGGCGUGAUAAAUAAGAGAUUUCCUGCGUCAGUUGUAAGAUUUACGACAACAUCCUUUUCGUUUAUAAUAGACUGAAAAGCCUUUUUCUAAUGCGCAGUGUUAAAACUUUCAAAUUUAAAAAUACUACAGACUUGUUGAUAUAGCCCAUGCGUGUGAAGGUCAUUGAAGGCCGAUCUUCCAAUUAUCGUGUAGAUGAUUGUGAUUGGUUAAUUGCCGGGAAGUCAAAUGUAUAGCGAAUGUGAGCAGACGUUAGGUGAGGCCUCGGGCCACUAACAACGUCUGCGCAGGAGGCUAGCCGCUGCCGUGCUUUCGACUUGUUAUCCAUUGCCAACAAAUAUCUUUGAAAUCUCUUAAGCAUUUGCCCCCCUUGCCCCUCCUGGUAAAGGGCAACGGGGGCGGCUGCCCCCUGCCCCUCCCAGUUCCCGCGUCCCUGAUUAAAAAGCCCAGUCGAAUUGUAAUCAAGACCCAACGUUUCGACACUCCAAUCUAUUGUCUUCAUCAGAUGUGAGUUACUGGAGUGUCGAAAUGUUGGAUCUUGAUUACAAUUCGACUGGGCUUUGUAAUCAUUUAUUUAAACCAGAGUAGCGAACGAAACAUGAUUGAUAUAUCUGGUUGCAGUGAACGAACAAACUUUAAAUAUUUUUGAGAAGUCAGCAUACAAUAAAGUAAACUUUUUCUGAAGUACUUUCACUUGGAACAAAGUCGUUUUAAGAAGUAACCAUUUACAGUGAUUUACUUCCGAAUCGCUAUUUUCAUUUUGUGGCGAAGUAUUUCGUUACUUUCCAACUUUUGUUCAAUUUUACGUGAUUUAUUCCUGAUUUGUUUUAAUUUUGGGAUAAGUAAUAGGACCUCUACAUGCGUCUGGAAUCUCUCGUUUGUGGCAUACUAAUAAGCAUUAUUUAUUUAAUGGAUUUCUUAUAUCUUCAACGGGGUCUGGAAAGUAGAUCAUGCCGUGAAAUAUUGUACAUUAAUUAUUGUCUUUUGUAUGUCAAUCCAUUAGAGAAGUCCCCCCCCCCUACACGCUACAGAUAAUAGUACUUUUACCUUCACUUUGUACCUCAAGUGUUUUUAAGGAUACUUUGUACUUUUUACUUAAGUACGUUUUGCCUCCAGUACUUUUUAUUCUUACUCAAUUCGUUUUAUUGCUAAUCGAUUCUACUUUUACUGGGUUACAAAUUCAAAGUAAUUUAGGCACCACUGCUAAACGCUAUCUAUGCGAGGAUGUGCCGUAUCUUGAUUCUAUUACAAAACUGUACUCAAAGAAACGUGAAACAAGUAAAGUCUACAAUUUUGGAAAAUGUGCGAAAGGAGUGUUUACCAACCUUUAUAUUUCCGUGUUUAAUUAAUCUAUAUAUAGAUGUGGAUGAAUGUUCUCGAGGAUUGGACAACUGCAACAAAAAUGCUCAAUGUAGUAACACUGUUGGGAGUUUUUCAUGCAGGUGUAACCAAGGCUAUGGGGGAAAUGGCGUGACUUGUGAUGGUGAGUAA